AGCACAAGAGGAAGUAGCAGCGCGGGUUGCCUACGAACACUAUUUCGCGGGAGAGUUAGUAAACUAGACCCAAGCUGUCUGCUGUCAACACGGACGAUUACAGUUAUUACAUUCAUAACACAAUGAGUUUGUGGGUGGACAAAUAUCGGCCGACUUCCCUCGGGAAACUCGACUAUCAUAAAGAGCAAGCGACUCAGCUGAAAAACCUGGUUCAAUGUGGCGACUUCCCUCACUUGUUGGUGUACGGGCCAUCAGGCGCGGGGAAGAAGACCCGCAUCAUGUGUCUGCUGAGGGAGCUGUAUGGAGCCGGGGUGGAGAAGCUCCGCAUAGAGCACCAGACCAUCGUGGCUCCCUCAAAGAAGAAAAUUGAGAUUAACAUAAUAGCCAGCAACUAUCACUUGGAAGUCAACGCAAGUGAUGCUGGAUACCAGGACCGUGUGGUGAUUCAAGAGCUGAUUAAAACCGUGGCUCAGUCCCAGCAGAUCCAGACAAGCACCCAGAGAGAGUUCAAAGUGGUGUUGCUGACAGAGGUGGACAGACUCACAAAAGACGCCCAGCACGCUCUGCGCCGAACAAUGGAAAAGUACAUGUCCACCUGCCGUCUCAUCCUCUGCUCUACCUCCACCUCUAAAGUCAUUGGGCCGAUACAGAGCCGUUGUCUGGCAAUCAGAGUUCCUCUGCCGAGCAUAGAGGAGGUCUGCAGUGUUUUGACAUCGAUCUGUAAAAAGGAGGGUCUGCUCCUCCCACCUGAGCUCGCCAAACACAUCGCUGAGAAGUCUGGUCGCAACCUCCGCAAAGCCCUUUUGAUGUGUGAGGCAUGCAGAGUGCAGCAGUAUCCAUUCUCUGCAGACCAAGAAGUCCCGCAGACGGACUGGGAGGUCUACCUCAGAGAAACCGCUAACGCCAUCGUCAGCCAGCAGAGCCCUCAGAGGUUGCUGGAGGUUCGCGCCAGGCUGUACGAGCUGCUGACUCACUGCAUCCCUCCUGAUAUCAUCAUGAAGGGUCUGGUGACAGAGCUGUUGAGUAACUGCGAUGGUCAGCUGAAGACAGAAGUGGCCCACAUGGCCGCCUACUACGAACACAGACUGCAGCUGGGCAGCAAAGCCAUCUACCACCUCGAGGCCUUCACCGCCAAGUUCAUGGCCAUCUACAAGAAGUUCAUGGAAGACGGUCUGGAUGGGAUGAUGUUUUGACUGUGAAUAG